AUACUGUUUUCAUUAUUCAGACUAUAUGCAGAAGCCUAUGAGUCAGAUCCCUUCCCAGGUAGGCAUGACUCAGCCCACAUCGUUUACUCCAUAUGGCUAUGGCGCUAGCAAGAAGAUAGACGUUCCAAAUGGAAGGGUUGGAGUUAUCAUUGGGAAAAGUGGAGAGACAAUUAGAAAUCUUCAGCUACAAUCUGGGGCUAAAAUUCAAGUGACCAGAGAUAUGGAUGCUGAUCCUAAUUCACAGACAAGGCCUGUCGAACUCACUGGUACAUCCGAACAAGUCAGUAGGGCAGAACAGUUGAUUAAUGACUUGCUCGCGGAGGCAGAUGCUGGGGCUUCUGGCAGUGUAUCUAAUCGAAGAUUUGGUGGAGAUGUAGCUGGUGCUGAGCAUUUCUCCAUGAAAGUUCCUAAUAACAAGGUUGGUCUUAUCAUUGGUAAAGGUGGCGAGACAAUUAAGACCAUGCAAGCUAACAGUGGAGCUCGUAUCCAGGUUAUACCUUUACAUCUCCCCCCCGGAGAUACAUCCAAUGAAAGAACUGUGCACAUGGAAGGGACAAAUGAACAAAUAGAAGCAGCCAAAAAGUUAGUUAAUGAGAUCGUCAAUAGUGAGAAUCGCCGAAACCCCCAAGCAGGAGGAUAUCCUCAGCAAAGUUACCGCCCUCCUCAACCUCCAACAAGCUGGGGUCCACCACCCCCGUUGCAACAACAACCAGGAUAUGGCUACAUGCAGCCUGGAGCUUACCCUGGAGCCCCCCCUCAAUAUACCCAACCUCCUUAUGGAGGCUACCCACCUCAACCUGCUGCCUCUACUGGCUACUCUUCUGGUUGGGAUCAGUCAUCGACUCAGCAAACUCAGCAAACUACUCCUGCAACUGGUUAUGAUUACUAUCAGCAGCAGCAGCAGCAGCAGCAGCCACCAACAUCAGCCCCAGCUGAUAACACAAGCGCCUACAAUUAUUCCCAGCCUCAUCCUGGUUAUAGCUCUCAAGGUUCUUAUACUGCUCAGCAGCCAACAUAUGGUCAGGAAAACUAUGCUGCUCCUGGUUAUAACACUCAAACUCCCCAAACUGGUUAUGAUCAAUCAUACAAUUCUGCACCUGCUUAUGCUGGAGCUACCUCCACCAACCCCACUCAAGAUGGAUCUGCUGCAUCCAAUCAACCCCCAAGCAGUGUUCCUGCUAGUUACCCCCCACAACCUGUGUACGGUGCACCUGCACCAUUAACCCAACCCGGUUAUGGACAGUCUCCUCAAUCUCAGAAGCCACCGGCAACUCCGCCAGCUUAUGCUCAAACGGGAUAUGGUACAAAUACUGGAUAUGGUACACAGUACCAGCAGGUUCAGCCGUAUGGUGGGGGCCCACCAGCUGGCCAGCCACCGGCGUAUGGGAGUGAGGGUGGUGCAGCUCCGGCGGCUCCUGGUGCAGUGACUAAGGCUUCUCCUCAGAGUUAGACGUGAUGUAUGGUAAGUUUUUGAUGCGGUAGUUUUGCUUUUAACACUUAGAUUCCGGUAGAAGUUUAGAUGUUGUAGUCUUGUGUUUUGCUCUGAUUUGGUUUUGAAUUUAGUAAUGGAUUGUUAAGCUUUGUUGUUUCUGCGUGGGUGGAAAUUCUGUAUGUUUUCAAAUUUGAACUUCUAUGCCAGAUUGAGUACUGUGGUUUAAUAAUUCAUUUCUGCUAUCA